AUGAAAUUGGUUGAUAUUUUAUUCGUAUUGACUGCAGCAGCAACCACUAAUGCAAUACUGAUACCGACUGGUAACGAUGGUUCACUCCAAGCAUCAAGCACUUCCAGUCAAGUGUCCGUUUCAACCAGUGAACCUAAUCCAGACACUUCAGAUGAAUAUCAGCAAGAACCAAUGGAUCUAAGUCUUCCCAAACGAAUCCGGCAAUGGUCAAUGGAUCAACCCAAUCCAAAUACUUCCAGUCAAGGUCAACGACCAACUGUGAUUGUAGCUGGUCCAAAUAUUUUCAAACAAGUCAGGAAACGCAUGAUUGAUCAGCCCAUCCCAAGCACUUCCAGUCAAGUUCCUGACCCAAUUGGUCAAGUCGGUCCAAACACUUUUGAUAAAGACCAACAACAACCAGCUGAUAAAACCAGUUCAAGCAUUCCCGACCAAACCCAGCAACACCCAAUAGAUGCAACUGAUUUGAAUAUUCCCAACAAAGAUCAGCAACAGCCGAUUGAUCAGCCCAGUCCAAGCACUUCCAAACAAAGUCGGAAACGGCCGAUUGGUGAUUCCAGUCCAAGUGGUGCUCCAAAACGAGAUCGAAAACAACCGAUUGAUCAACCCAGUCCAAGUACUUCCAGCCAAAUCCAUCAACAACCAAUGGGACAAGGCGAGUCCGCCAAUACUGUUACAAAUCAAGUGAUUGUAUUAAACGAACGGGAUCAGAGAACCUUUAAUCGUAUAAAACAAGGGUUUGUAGCGUCUAAAGAAACACGAAAGGAAAAAUGGCAAGCAUAUCAUGAAUGUGUAGCUCUUGGAUCGGAGAAAUGGUCAGCGUUAGCAAGAGGGGAAGAGAUAUUUGAUUCAAAAUACGAUCCAAAGCUUGAAACCCAAUUGGAAGAAGAGUAUAUAAUGGCAAGGAGAAAAGUAUACAGUGCCAGACAAAAAUUGAAGGAUUUUAUGAAAAGACGUGGUUUAGAAUUUCAAGAACCAGAUUCAGAUUCAGAUUGA